UCGGUUUCCUUUCGUGGUGGUUUGAGCGGCGCACCGACCUGGCGGUUCUCAUGUGUUCGGAGGGGCCGGUGAGCGGGCGAUGAUACGGGGCUGCGGGCCGAUGAGUGACCGUGCGAUCGGUGCAGUGAGCGCGAGCAGGGCACGGGGAUCAUGGCGCGCGUGCUGAAGGUGCUGCGGACCCUGCGCAACCACUGGAAGAAGUCCGCACUGGCAGUGUGUGUGUUCUCUUACGGGGGUCACUGGCUCUACGGGAAACACUGUGACAGUGUACUACGAAGAGAGGCAUGCCUGGAAGCCCGGGAGUUUGGUCGUCAGCUAAUAUUGCCGCAGGAGCAGCUGAGAAAGGCUACGGUCAUUCUGAAUCCAGCUGCUUGCAAUGGGAAAGCCAACAAUCUGUUUGAGAAGAAUGCAGCUCCGAUCCUACACCUGGCUGGGAUGGAAGUGAAACUUGUGAAGACGGACUAUGAAGGUCAGGCCAAGAAGCUGAUGGAGCUGAUGGAACAUCCUGACCUGCUUAUUGUUGCUGGGGGUGAUGGCACUCUGCAGGAGGUCAUCACUGGACUUCUGCGAAGAAGCGAUCAGGCUUCCUUUAGUAAAAUUCCCAUAGGAUUCAUCCCCCUGGGUUCCCAGAAUUCCUUGAGUCAAAGUUUACAUUUGCCCACUGACAACCGAGUCAAGAACAUCACUGCAGCUACACUGUCCAUCCUGAAGGGGGAGACGGUACCUCUGGACGUGCUGCAGAUCAAGGGGGAGAAGGAUCAGCCAGUGUUUGCUCUGAUAGGACUGCGUUGGGGGUCCUUCAGAGACGUGGCCACUUCCUUCAGCAAGUACUGGUACCUCGGACCUUUGAAGACGAAGGCAGCCCACUGGUUCAGCACAUUAAGGGAAUGGCCUCAGAACCGGCAGGCAUCUUUGUCCUUCCAAAUGCCGACUCCCCGGCCCCCAGAUGAGCCUACGGAGAGGCCACCUCGGCCCUGGUUGCUGCGCCGUAUCAUCCACCGGCUGCAGCACUUCUGGAACCCCCCUGUGGAGGAGUGUCCGCAGGAGGAGCCAGAGCACUGGGAGCAGAAAGAGAUCUCCACCGUUGAGUUGUCAAUCAUGACGCAGAACAGGAACCCUGCAGUGAAGCGUCCCGAAGACUCCAUGGUGGUGUGUAUGGAACCUGACUCCCUUACUGUGGGAGAGUUCAUCGCCAUUGGGAGCGAGAAGGUCAAGGAUCCAGCCCAGUGUUCAGUGAAGGGACAGCAGUUGGAAGCUAGCGUCUGUCAACUCGGUUUGCCCCAGGGGGGCGGCUUCUUCAAUAUCGACAACGAGGAAUACGAAGCCAUGCCAGUGGAGGUGAGGCUCUUGCCCCGGAAGCUGCGGUUCUUCUGCAGUGCAGAACGGCGGCAGGAGCUGCUCACGCACGCACACUGAGGAAAGGGCAGGAGAUUUGGACGGGGCACCGCGGUCCCUCAACAGUACAGUGAAUGUACCUACCCUUACUGCUCCAGCCCUCCCAUCUGUCUAAUAUGUUCAUGAAGCAGUCUGCUAUAAAGAACAAAAUAGGGUAUUCCCCAAAAUCCCAAGCUGUAAAGCCUUCUCUUCUACAACUUGGAAAAAGGCUUUCGGUUUAUAUAGUAGUAAAUUUAAAAUCUUUCCUAACCGUUCUCCAAAAGCAUUUGGCCAUGCCCCAGUAAUGCUGUAACUUGCUGUGUGUACCUGUAACCUAGUAACAGUACACUGGCAAAGUUUUUUUUUUUUUUUUUUUUGUAUAAAGCAGUGCACCUUGUAAAUGUAAAAUGGACCGUGAGGCUCUGUAUUGAGAGAACAAGGUGAAUAAACACGUACAGGGAGUGUGUUCUUUGAACAGUCUUAUGGUGCCAUGUCUGUCCAAACUGCUGCCGUGCCAGGGGCGUCGGCUUAAACACACACUGACUCAGGGGCAGACAUCAGCUGAUGAAACACACCUGUAUGGAACCAGUCUAGAUAAAGUUCACAUGAAAGGGCGGCAAGUUUAUUCUUUUUCAGAAUGACCCUAAAUAAACAUUACAGCUUUGAAAACAAAAUGGGUCCACGUUAUGGAACCACUGAAUUUAUAUUUAUACAGUUGGUUAUUAGGUUGUAAUAGAUGACAAGUUCCAUGUGUGGUUCAGGGUUACACUGUUAGUGUUGACAUGCAGCAGUAGUGUAGUUUCUCACAUUCACAGAGAAUAUUGUAGCUUGACUAAACACGUGUGAUAUGGAAGGUCACUUCCCUCCUCACGUUUAUGCAUCGGUUUCUCUGAUGACCGAUGUGGACCCUCGGUAAAAGGCUGAACGAGAAAACAUUCUUGGCCGAGGCCAUUUUUUUUUUGUGUGCUUUGUGAUUUUUCCACUACUGGAGCAAAAGUGGGUCCAGUCUGAAUAAACAAGACUUUUUGUAAUGCAA